GCGUCAUCUAGCGUCAGCGCGUUCAGCGCAGGGCGGAAGUGACGUAAAGUGAACGCGCACGCACGUGUGUAGCGCAGCAUGUUUCUGCAGCACAUGUUUGUGUUUAUGUGACUGUAAGAACGCUGAUCGGAACCACGUGGAAAGAAGAAGAAGAGAAGAAGAAUCAUAUCGGAACCGGACUGAAACUCGAGCGGCGCUGUGUCGGUCAUGACGGGGGAGCACGAGCGGUAUCCGCCGCCGAACUUCAGCGCAGCAGCGGAGCCUCCGGCGGCGCGUCACUGGAGCGGCUCCACACUGCAGAGCAGCCGCAGGUUCGAGGCGUCCCGAGACUGGAGCUGGACUCAACCGGCACAGACCGGACCCCAGCAGCCGCAGCAGUACGCAGGUGCUCUUCAUCAUCGCUAUCCUCCGCCUCCUCCUCAGGGCUGGCGGGGCUCAGCGCAGCAUCACUGGGGUAGAAAGAAGCAGCAGAGAGAGCCGGAGUUCAGUCAUUUCUGUGACACGUGUGACCGAGGCUUCAAAACUGGAGACAAGUACGAUGAACACAUCUCACAGCACGUGAAGUGCUCUGUCGAGGACUGUCUCUUCAGUGCGCACGAGAAGCUGGUGAAGAUCCACUGGAGAAACAAUCACGCUCCAGGAGCCAAGAGGAUCAAACUGGACACCGCAGAGGACAUCGCCAGAUGGAGAGCAGAGAGACGCAGAAACUACCCAACGCUGAGAAACGUAGAGAAGAAGCUGAAGCUGAUGGAGGUGAAGGAGCAGCGAGGAGACGUGCUGGAGACGGCUCAGUUCAGUCGUAUCAGGAGCGGCGGUAGGGGACGAGGAUCUGACCGCUGGAGAUGUGAAGCGUCCCGUCACACGAGCUCUGAGACGGAUCUGAAGCGGCCGCACCAGGACAGUGACCCUCUCGCGGCUCUCGUCUGCAGUGACCCCGAGUCUGAUAAGGACGAGUCUGUUCAGGAGACGCAGACUGGACUCACUGUCGCCCCCAAGAGCGUGACCUCUGCCCUCGGGUCACUGAUGUCCAGCUACGGGGAUGAUAUGACCUCCAGCGAGAGCGAAGCAGACACAGACGACGCUCCAGUGCUGAGAGUCAGUCAGGCUCUAGAGGAGAAUAAGACACUCCUGAAUCAUCCUCCACUUCCUGUCCAGAGGAUCCCAGCGCCACACGAGGAGAAACACACACACACACCACAGCAAUCCCAUCAUGCCCCGGCCGGCAGAGGACGCGGUCGAGGGGCGAGAGGAGGAAGAGGCGGGAGAACCUCUAACCCUCCUGCAACACAGAGACAUCGAGCAACACUACUGGAGAUGCUGCUGGCUCCUGAUAUCCGUCACGAGAGGAACGUGGUUCUGCAGUGUGUCCGUUUCAUCGUCCGCUGCGGGUUCUUCGGUCUGGCUGCUAAAGACUCUCAUGAGAUCAGUGUGUCUGUGAACACAAACCCUGAGCGAGCGUCAGAUCCUCAGAUCGUCCAAUCACAAGAGCCCGGCUGUGACACGAGCGCUGGUGAAAACACGCGUGUGAAGGAGAGUCCGGAGCGGCGCAGUGUGUUCCAGCAGCUGUUCGCUCAGCAGUUAGUGUGUGACGAGGCUGAAGAAACACACUCCUGAUGUCAGACGCUCACUAACUCAAUUUCUUUCUUUUUUUUUUUCACUUGUUAUUUUUAUUUACUGAUCAUGUGUUUGGUCUUUCAGAAGAAAAGACUCAAAACUAAUGAAUGGAUAUGAGCUAGUUUGAUCUGUAUUUGAGCUCAGACGCAGUAAAUAAAGCGGUGUGUGUGAAUCUGUGACCUGCAGCUGCUCAUGUGUCACGUUCAUCCAGGAUCAGACCUCCUCCUCAUCUUCAGAUCAUGCCGAUCCUGACAAAACAGUGCCUUUUUAUGAUGCAGUCAAAUAAUUAUGAACUAUACGGGCUGUGAAUUUGUUCCCUGGUAACUUUUUGUAAUGUUUUAUUAACAUUAGUUAACAUGAACAAUGAAAAACACAUCUAAAUCAUUUUAUAAUAGUUAAUGCUCAUUCCAACAUUUACUAAUAAACUGUUAAAAACUUGUAUCUGGUAAUAUUAUUUAAUAGACUGGAGCAACAUGAUAUUAUUAUGAACAGCUGUGUGUGUGUGUUUAAUAAAGCUAACAUCAACAAAGA